CUCUUCUGUCCUCCUCUCUGCCAGUCUCAUCAUGUUCAUGCUGCAGAUGUUGACUGUUAUCUCUCUGACUGUUAUUCUCCUGGCAUCUGUGGAAGGCAAAGGCGUGCAGAUGCAAAGGGAUGUCCAAUGCUGCAUGUUGUACUCCCAGGGCAAGGUGCGUACCAAAGAUGUGUUGCGGUUUGAGGUGCAGACAGAGGGGCCCGACUGCAGUAUACAAGCCAUCAUUCUUUACACGAAGAAGGCUGUGAAAUGUGCAGACCCCAGAGACCGGAAGGUGAAGAGGUUGCUGAGAAAGCUUGUGCAGAGACAGAAAAACAAGGCCAUGUGGUUCCCUCCUCAUGACAACCUGCCCGUCAUGUCAGAGGACAAGAAAGAUAACUGGGCGGUUCUCAGUGUGGAGUGAUGGAGGGCCGUCAAAUAUGGAGGAAAACUCGUAGUCAUAAGCCAAGUAAACUUUCAGCAGCUCGUCAUCUUUACACAGCGAAGCUGGCUGACUCUCCAGUUGUCUCGUGUCUCUCUCUAUCUAAGCUAUCUGUCUCCCUGGGACCAGACCUGGGCAGCAAUACAUAUUUAAAUGGCUUUAGAUAUUUAAACAUGAACUGUGCUUGAAAUAUUCCCAAACAAAUGGCUGGAACAGUCUCAACAGAGGAGUAUUUAGUUGUAAGAUAUGUUGAAUUGAUUUUUUUUUAAUGGCUCAUACUGUUAUUUGCCGGAGUCUGCCUGGAAGUGUCUCCCUCUACAACAUUCAUUUUCACAACAUACUCGUGAAAAAAGUAUAAUUAAACAACGAUAAACGAGCAGUGAUAUUAAUAUUGUAUAUCAGCAAGAUACUCAAUGCUUAUGUGUGACUUGUAUACCUUCAGUGAUGUGUAAUGACACUGCACACAGUGCAGGCUUUGACCUGAUAUGUUUGACUGUUAGAAAGGUGAACUAAGAGAAAGAUUUCACCUGGAUAUGACUUUCUGUGUCACAUAAAGAGCCAAUGUUCUUGACAUUUUGUCCACUCUGUAUAAUGACUGUUUGUAAACUCAGUAUGAAACUCAAGUCUAUCUUUUAAAAUGAGGCCCUCAGGCAUCUACCACAGAUUUAAAUAUCUACGCAUUUGCAGUUUACAUUUGUCUUUUCCACCAAUAGUCUGUCACUAAACUAUGCCAAAGUAUUCAUGAUUCAAUUCACCACAUGGCAAGGCUGUUAAAACUUAGAGGGCUCAAUUGUGUGUGAAACACACAAGUAUUGUAUUGUA